AAUUUGGAAACUUACCUUGAGCUUUUUGAUUAGCGUCCAAAGUAGUCUUUGUUAUAAAAGAUUUAAUAAAAUUCUUUUGAUCGUCAAUCAUGGCGCCAAUAUGAGAGUAGUCAGGUAGUUCAAAAUUUGGAUCAUUAUCCAGAAAGUCCAGAAAACCUACAACAUCGGUGUCAUCCAUUGUUAUUUUAAUAUUUCAAAAUACACAGAACGCAGGAGUAGACAAAUAGAAGAAUUUCACCCGAAACAAAAUUAAAUACAAACAAAACAAGAAGACACUCCACAAAAUAAAUAAGGUUAUUUCUGAAAAUUCAAUUUUGAUAUUUUUGAUCGUUUUGACGUGUUACCAAUCUGGCAAAUGUUGAAAUGUAACAAGAAUUUAAUUCGGGAUUCAUCCUCAAAAAUUUAAUUUUUCUUGAUCGAGUAUGAGUAUUAUGAAAUAAAUAUGUAAUUUCAACAAUUUUUACAUGAGAAAUACGAAAAUUAUAUUUAAUUGUAUAUUUUUGGCUUUAGUGAUUGUAGUGUUGGUAAAUCUGCUAAAGCUCUUUCUUCCUGGCUUCCUGCCUCGUCGCGUGUAUUCGUGAUUUCAACUUGUCUUUGAGAAAUUAUUUUGCACAUUUCUACUAAUUUAGUAGAAUAAAUUCAUCUGAAGUCUACUCAAAUAACUUGUGAAUUUUGUGUAAUUCCGAUUCAUCAACAUGUCCGACGUUGAAGUUGACGAAACUGCCGCAGCAUCAGGAGGCGCAACCGACAUCAACUCUGCCCUCCAAGAAGUUCUGAAGAACUCUGUCACAAACGGCAGUAUCGCUCACGGACUUCACGAAGCUGCCAAAGCUCUUGAUGAGAGGAAAGCACUGCUGUGCGUGUUGGCCGAGAACUGUGACGAGCCAAUGUACAAGAAGCUGGUGCAGGCUCUGUGCAACGAACACCAGAUUCCACUCAUCAAGGUCGACAACAACAAGAAGCUCGGCGAGUGGGCUGGCCUCUGCAAGAUCGACUCGGUCGGCAAGGCUCGCAAGGUGGUCGGAUGCUCCUGUGUUGUCGUUAAGGACUUCGGCGAUGAAUCCCCCUCACUAGAUCUCCUGAAGGACUACAUGAGGUCACAGGGUGCUACGCUGGCGUAAUUUAAUUUUUGUAUGAAUAUUUUAAAAUAAAAUAAGUGUUGAUACAAA